AUGUAUAUUUUGUUGAUUUGGUUUUUUCUUAUUUCGAGAAUUUUUGCUUUUAAUCAUAACAAUUUAAAUGUUUAUGGUAAAACUGAUCCUGGAUGGGAAUUUGUUAGGCAUUUAUUCAUAGAGAAUUUUAUACAAGGACGAGAUUUGGGAGCAUCAAUGGCAGUUUAUUAUGAAGGUAUGCCGGUUGUUGAUCUCUGGGGUGGUUGGUUCGAUGAAUCAAAAAACAAACUUUACGAGAAUGAUACACUACAAAUUCCUUUUUCAGUGACAAAAGGUUUAGUAGCUACAGCUGUUGCAUUAUGUGUUCAAAGAGGUUUACUUGACUAUUCAUUACCAGUUAGAAAAUAUUGGCCAGAAUAUGGACGAUACGGAAAAGAAAAUACAACAGUUGCUGAUAUUCUUUCACAUCGUGCUGGAUUACCGAAAGAUAUUAGUCCUUUCGAACUCGCACUAAACUGGACAGCGAUUAUUCAUAUACUUGAAGAAAAUAAACCCGAAUGGAUACCUGGAACAGCUCAUGGAUAUCAUGGUUUAACUUAUGGAUGGUUAGCGGGAGAACUUGUUCGAAGAGUUGAUCCAAACAAACGAACUUUUGGACAAUUCAUUCAAGAUGAAAUUACAAAUCCAUUAAAAAUCGAAUUUUAUAUUGGUUUACCAAAAGAAAAAUCUAAUCGUGUAUCACCAUUAUAUUUCGAUUCUAAUGUGCGUACUAUUUUGAGCGGAACAACUAUUUCAGAAUUAACUAUAUUCAAUGAUUAUCGUUAUCAACAAGCAGAAAUUCCAGGUGUCAAUGGAAUAACAAAUGCUCGAUCUGUUGCAAGACUUUAUGCUUCUUUAAUGAGUGAUUUAGAUAAUCAGAAACAAAAACGAUUGUUGAAUGAAGAUAUUAUGAAGAAAGCAACAACAUCAAAUACACCUGAGAAUGAAGUUGAUCUUAUACGAGGUUAUUCUAAUGCAUUUUCAAUGGGAUUUCAAGUUUUUGAUAAUGAUUUAAAGACAUUUGGAUCAGGAACAUUUGGUCAUGAAGGAGCUGGUGGAAGUAUUGGUUUUGCUGCUCCUGAAAAAAAACUUGCAUUUGCUUAUAUUGUGAAUCAAUAUGGUGUCAAGAAAAAUCGACAAGAAAUAAGUCCUCGAACACAAACGAUUAUCAAGCAUAUUGCAACAAUAAUUAAUAAUAAUCGUAUUCGUUAA